AUGGCGAGUCAUUUCGUAGCUCGCACAAUCCGGAACCGCACCGAAGAGCAGAAGGCACAAGAGCUCGAGAAGAUCAACAAGUAUCGCGAACUCGAGGAGGAAGUGCGAGCCAAUAUCGCAAAGAACAACUUCACCCCCGAGGUCUUCCAGCUGACGUCGAAGCUGCUGCGCCUGAACCCGGAAUACUACACGAUAUGGAACGUCCGCAGGCCGUCCUCCUCCUCUUCGUCGACCGCGAUCCAGCCCGACCCCGCGCCCCCGACAGCUGGGAGGAGUGGUACAAUAGCUGAUAAGGACUCCGCCGUGUCUGUCGCCGGAGAGAACGGAAACAGUGCGGGCGAAGACGAUGCAAACAAGACGGCCGCGGAUGCGGAGAAUGACUUGGGUAUACUCAAGAAUGAGUUGGGCUUCACAAUACCGCUGCUGAUGGAGUUCCCGAAGUGCUACUGGAUAUGGAAUUAUAGAUCAUGGCUGCUUCAGGAGGCGAUCAAGCGGUUAGACGUACCAGUAGCACGGCGUAUAUGGGAAGAGGAACUCGGCUUGGUGUCGAAAAUGCUCAACAAAGACAAAAGGAAUUUCCAUGCGUGGGGCUACAGGCGAGAAGUGGUCAAGCAGCUCGAGAGCGCCGUUCUCAACGGCAAGAGCAUGGUCGAAUCGGAGUUCGAGUACACAUCAAAGAUGAUCCGUGGUGAUUUGUCCAACUUCUCUGCUUGGCACAACCGAAGCAAGCUCAUUCCACGCCUUCUGGACGAAAGGGGCGCCGACGACCCGGAUAGAAAGGGCUUUCUUGACAAGGGUAAGUCCUGGAGCUCCGGAUGCAUAACUACCCCCUUCACAAAUGGCUGA